AUGGUCGCGAGGAAUUUCCCAGUGCAGGACAUCUCCUACUCGCGGCUCCUCCAUGUCCCAGACGAGGAGCGGGGUUUUAUCACCCUGGAGGAGCUCAAGCCGGCCAUCGUGCAGCAGGGCUUGCAGCAGGAGUACCAGCCGAGGUACUACGAACUGACCAGCAUGGUCGAAGAUCCCUGCUCGUCCAGUCUCUCGUACCAAACCAACACUAACUCUGGAUCUGGUAUGAUGGACGUACAACAGGUGGAUAGUUCUUUGAAUGGGUCAGGCAGAAAACGAAAGGCUUCCUUUCAUGACACUAGUGAUAUGGAAGAGGAUGGUGGUGAGGAUUCGAAAUCUGUAAAAACCAACGACGAAAACAAAAAGCAAAAUCAUAGCGAGAUAGAGAAACGCCGACGGGACAAAAUGAACACCUACAUCACAGAGCUCUCCGCCAUGGUGCCCAUGUGCCAUGCGAUGUCCAGGAAACUGGACAAGCUGACGGUGCUCCGAAUGGCGGUUCAACACCUUAAAACCAUAAGAGGGGCCGUGCAUUCCUACACUGAGGGACACUACAAGCCAUCUUUUCUAUCGGAUCAAGAGUUGAAACAUCUAAUACUGCAGGCUGCAGAUGGGUUUCUUUUCGUUGUUGGUUGCGACAGAGGGAGAAUUUUGUACGUUUCCGAGUCCGUUGCGAAAGUCCUCAACUUUUCACAGGGUGAUUUGCUAGGUCAAAGCCUGUUUGACAUAUUGCACCCCAAAGACGUAGCGAAAGUUAAGGAGCAGCUUUCCUCAUCCGAUCUCAAUCCACGAGAAAGACUGAUUGACGCCAAAACCAUGUUGCCAGUAAAAACUGAUGUUCCUCAGGGCGCUUCCAGGCUUUGUCCGGGUGCGAGACGGUCAUUUUUUUGCAGGAUGAAAUGCAAAAUGUCCGCUCAGAUCAAAGAGGAAGCUGAUACUACCACGGGAUGCCACAGGAGAAAAAAGCAUAGUUCGGAUAAAAAAUAUAGUGUUAUUCAAUGUACAGGCUACCUGAAAUCCUGGGCUCCGGCCAAAAUAGGUUUAGAAGAACAAGAGGAAGGAGACGGGGAGUCCUGCAACCUCUCCUGUCUGGUGGCCAUUGGAAGGAUACUGCCGCAUAUCUCGACAGUUGCAAACUCUCACGGCAGACCUAACGUCAGGCAGAUUCAGUUUAUAUCCAGGCACGCCUUGGACGGAAAGUUUUUAUUUGUUGACCAAAGAUCCACCUUAGUCCUAGGAUUUCUCCCCCAAGAACUACUCGGUAGCAGUAUGUACGAAUACUACCACCACGACGACAUCCACUCUCUAGCAGAGUGCCAUAAAAUAGCUCUACAAAGUACGGACAAAGUUACCACUAGCGUUUACAGGUUUCGAACGAAAGACGGCAGUUUCAUCAGGCUGCAGAGUGAAUGGAGAUCGUUCAAGAACCCUUGGACCAAAGAAAUCGAGUACCUCAUCGGCAAAAACAAUUUAAUUCUCUCAGAUUUUCGGACUGUCGAAAGCACCGCGGGUCGGUCUGAAGGCAUAAGAGAGAAUUUUGAUUUCUUUGAGCAAACUGACGGUAAGGACAUGCAACAUAUAAUUAGCACACACGUCGAGGCUAGUAAAAUCGGUAGGCAAAUAGUCGAGCAAGUGAUGGAUUCUCAAAGAAGAGGCGGAGAGUCGUCUCCCAGUAGCAGUCCAGAUCCCGAUCCCGAGUCAUCGCUAUCGCUACCUCUAACCAGCGCAGAAUCGCACAUAUCCACCAGCGUGCAGCAGUGCGACAACUCUAGGCAGAAUACGAUACCGGAGUUCCCAAACCAACAAAACUUCAGUCAAAUUAGGAACAACGUUUCGCUUUCCAGCGUAUCUACGGAUCCAGGGGGGAAUUCCGACGAAGGUAUAAUAGAGAUGAUGGAAGACGCGGUGCGGGAAUCUCCGAAUACCGGACCUUCCCUGGAUGGGAACGACGAGGCCGCUAUGGCCGUUAUUAUGAGUUUAUUGGAGGCGGAUGCCGGGUUGGGCGGGCCGGUGGAUUUCUCGGGACUGCCUUGGCCGUUACCUUGACCGGAAUAAAAUUGGAGGAAUCGUGCUAGCCCAGUAUAUACGUAUUACCGUAUUGGGGACUAUACAAAAGUUCGUGUUUCAGUGUCUGUAGGUAAAAGACGGAAAGAGAAACGGAAUAUGUGUUUAAAUGUUCUCAUAGGACCACUAGUAAGUUUAAAGUUACAAAAGAAUCGAUUAAACCAAAGAGAGUUACAGUGAUCCACUGCUGAAUGUAGGCGGUAUCUGUUUUGGUUUGGGUGAAUCGUAUAUCCACGGAGAUUUUUGACUUUUUGGCUUUCAAAUA